AUUUGAGUUCCUAUAUGCAAAUACUGUGAGUGUAGUGAUUUUGUUAAAUACAUUUAAAUUAAUUUGUCAUGUCUAGCUACAAUUUAACCAGUUUCGGCUGCAAUCUAUAUUUUUGUAAUUAGUGAUUUACUUUAUUAUUAUAAUUAUUUAAGUUGUACGGGUGGUACUUAGUUUCUUACGUGAUGAUGUUUAAGGUUGCACCGCGCCAAUUUACAAAAGCUGGCAGAGUAGAAAGUAAACAGUAAAAACGAUACAUUUUUACACUCUUCUGUGUAUCUUUUAAAUACAUAACGGACAAGAAGAUGUCUAGAAUACCGGUAAAACGAGCGCUCCAGUUACUAGAUGAAACUACAGGAGAAAAUAAGAAUAAUGAAGAGACGCCGGCGAAAAAGCAACGCCGAACUGGUACUGGAACAUUUUCUCCAAUGACUGGCACCUGUCACUUGAGUCUUAUGUCAACACCUCCGGCUGUCAGCAAAGGUGUCGAUGAAGCCCGAUCAAGGGGCAUGUACCACAAGUCACAAAUGGACAACUCAAAUGCAUUGAGGUCCAAAGUGGAAAAGUGUGUGCAGGCGUUUCAGGAUGCCAGGAGUCAGCUGAAGCACUUGCAGGCACUGGAGGGCAGCAGCGAGCUGGGGAAUUUCUUCAGAAGAGGGUCUGCUGACUUGGAGGCCGAACUCCUCAAAAACAGAGAGCUGGUGGCACAAGUUGAGAAAGGGCUCAAACAGACUGGGACUGGACCACCGAAAGCCAUGAUUCCAUUUGGAAGCAGUUACGAAUUCCUAAAAUCCAUCCUCAAUUAAGAUCCAAGGUGUCGGAUGAGCUUCGAUGCAAGCCUUGAAGACUGGAUACAUGCAUUGAGUAAAAUAAAUAAAUAAAGCGUUCUGUUUUGAUUUUUAUUAGAAAACCAUCCAAGGACAUUGCACACGUUUCUUUUUUUAAUAAGAUUUAAAUAUCCAAGAAGAAAAAGUAAAAACCUAGAUAGAUAAAAUAUAGUUUCACAUAAAAAUGCUAUAGACCUUUGUUUCACAGUUAAAAUAAUAAUGGUGGUGUUUGACACAAACAUUGUGACAAUAGUAAUAACAUAAAUCAGUAAAAUGCAGGCUCAAGGCAAACUGUAAGGGCGGCUGCUGGCAAGCUGGUGGGAGCAGCAGACGACCGGUGCAACAGCUGCUCCUGCACAGAAACAUUUCCUAUUUCUGCCCAAGGAGGAUCGUAUGACUCUCACUUUAUCACCCUUAGAGGCCAUCUGAAGGACAAAGCAGAUACAACCCGUAAACACAACUAAUGUUUUUAUAUAGUGGGCAGAAGGGAAAACAACUUCGCAAAGGCAUCCCGUGAACGUGACAAGGGGACGGCAAGCAGAGACUGCAAACGAUUGUCCUGUCAGUGGCAUUGAGGGCAGCAGUAACCCUACUCCACCCGUCCAGAAUCACAAGGAGAGUUCCCUCUGCCGGGCCGUGGCUGGCAUCGUCAUUCGCUCACAAUCCCACGUAUGCCGUUUUCCGAAGCAGCUCAGGACACUGAAUCCCGCUCUGCCUGUGAUCAUUCGUAAUAAAACCCAGUUAACAGAACAACUGGAGGUCAGAGCAGUGCACAGCCUCCUCCGACCCGACCCUGGUUGGAAUGGAUUAUUUUAUUUGUGUGCGUUUCACGUUAAAUAUCGAUUUCUAGUGGUUUUAUUAUUUCUUUCAUUUGACACUUGUUUUUUUUCUAUAUCUGUUACACUGUAACCCCAAAGUCAUUCUAAAAAAAAUAAAAUCAAGUUACAUUAACUUAAAAAUUCAAAUAUUAUUCAUAACGCUCAUCCAUUUUAAGUUCGUUGAACAUUCAAAUUUACUUUAGUUGUUCAAACGUAAAUGGUUUAAGUAGAAUCGGGACUCGAUUCCCAUCAGCCCUUGCAGGACUUGUACAAUUUGUUUUUGGACUUGUUUGUUGUUUAUUGUGUUGUUGUUUUGUGUAUGUGCGGUUGCACAAGUGUGUUGUGUUUGCUUGUCUCUUGUGCCCCUGCCUGCUCCCUUACAUGUUGUGUGUGGCCACCCCCCCAUUUGGUGGUCAGUCUGCGGAUGUGACCUCCCUCCCUUCUCCCUCUGCCUGGUUCCAGCACUUGGAAAUGUUGCCAUAAGCGCCUAAGCAGAAGUGAGGCACUGGCAGCUAAUAGAAUAGCUUGCUUGCACAUUCUGUUGCCUGAGCAAAAACUUUUUAUUGUUUAAAUGAAAUAACAAAUGUUCAAAUUAACUAUUGAGAAAUAAAUGUAACUCAAAUGGAUUAAGUUACGUGAAUGUACAUGUUAUGAGUUUAGUCAGCCCCACAGAAAGUUGUCGUAACAAAAACUAAAUGAGUAGCUAAACUUAAUUAUAUUAAGGCAAUGCGUUUACUCAUUAUUUUGGAGUAAACUUGACUUAUCAGGGUUUACAAUGUAUAUACUAUAUCAUAGUGUAAGCAGUUGCUAGCCACAGUAUAAUGACUCCUCUUCACCCUUCUAAUAUGUUCAGAAUUAGGUUCUGAACAUGGCAGAUGUAAAAUAUUCUCUGUGUGAACAGGUUCAUAACCCCGUGUUAGAAAAAGUCAAAACAUUUCCUUUAAAGCGAAGUGUGAACCUAGUCUUUUUGGGGUUCAAAUGUAUUCAG